AUGAUUCGGUCUUGGCGCGACAACGUCGUCAAAGGCGUCGUCGGACAAUUCGGUGUCGUCUCUACGCGUCAACGUCUCAUAAAAACCAUUGCAAUAUUCAUCACCUUUAUCUGCCUCCUCACUUUAUGGGAAUUUUGGUCAGAUCUCUCCUUCGCCUAUCAGAGAGUCACGUCAUCAAGCUUGGCGCAAACGAACACGCCAAGCGAAACGGUCCAUGUUUCCCAAAUUACAUUUACUGGGCCGACAAACGAAACAACCGAGUUCUGGACCAGUCUACUCCAACAAUUCUACGACGCCGAGCCUCAAGGCAAGAAAAUCAGACCUCCCAAGUCUCUCUCGCGCGACAAAUUCGAUCCGCAUGGAAGCACCCCCCAGACCGACACAGACUGGCUAGAGGUUUCACAUGAGGAAAUCAACUCACUAAAGGAAAACCAUGAAACCUUUGUCCAGGGUCUCCGACACCUUGCCCCGAAACUCCCAUUCAAACGCAGCACCAAGGGCAUCGUUAUCACCUCCAAAGGCUCCGCCUUCGGGGUAGCAGCUACCGCUGUCCUCAUGCUGCGACAUGUCGGAUCAACUCUACCCGUGCAACUUUUUCUUGACUCGGCAACUGAACAAGAGUUGCAGACAUGCAAUGAUACAUUAACAGACUUGCAAGUACAAUGCCUCAACAUGGAUGAUUUCCUGCGCCUGUCAAGCACGACAACAAUUCGCAAACCGAGGAUCAAAUCUUACCAGUACAAAGUCCUAUCCAUCCUCUUCUCUAGCUUCCAAGACAUUCUUUUUCUUGAUGCCGAUGCCUUUCCUCUCAGAAACCCCGAUCACCUCUUCGAUGUGGAGCCGUACAAGGGCACCGGACUGGUGACAUGGCCAGACUUUUGGUUGCCCACCAUUUCUCCCCUCUUCUACAAGAUCGCUGGGGUUAAAAUGCCAAACGUGACGAUCGAGUCCCGAAGCUCCGAGUCAGGAAUCAUGCUUUACAACAAAGCAAGACACGCCGACAGUCUCUUGCUAGCCGCUUACUACAACUUUUAUGGCCCGAGAUUUUAUUACCAGCUUCAUUCGCAGGGCGCUUGGGGUUCGGGCGACAAGGAGACAUUCAUGCAGAGUGCCUAUGUUCUGGGCAAUCCUUUCUGGCAAGUGAAGCAGCCACCUGAGCUGGUGACAUCUGAAAAGAUCAAUUGGGGCAGUGGAAUAUGGCAGGCAGAUCCCCAGUACGACUGGAACCUUCAACAAGAACGGACGAAAAACAUGACGACCGCUUCCAUGAGAAAACGAAAGCAAAGAUUGCAGGAGGAAGAGGUCAAGGUCACGAGUACCAUGUUUGCCCAUCUCAACAGAGUCAAGUUUGACAUGACGCAUCCGAUACAAAUUUUGGAGGACUUGGCGCCUGAACAUCCCGAUGGGCGUAUAACGCGAUUAUGGGGAGACGACAUCAGCAAGGUCUCUGACGUAGCUGGAUAUGACCUAGAAAAAGUCAUAUGGGAAGAGGCUAUGAAGGCGAAUUGCGACCACGGAUUAAUGGAGGAAUGUAAGAAGAUACGGAAUUAUUACGAGGCGACGUUUAGAUAG